AAACAAACUUCUGAACUAAAAAGAACAGACCUCGUAAGUUGGCGAGUCGUGAUCUUUGUGAGACCGCCUUAAGGAUACGUCGCAUGAAAAUCGGUUAUGUGCUUUUACGGAUAGCCUGUAGAGACGUUGAAGCACGUUGAAGGUGUGCUAAGCGUGGUACCUGAAGAUACGAGGAAACAAGAAUAAUUUGUGAGGAUGGCAGCGAUCAGUUUAUUGAAUCCGAAGGCCGAGUUCGCCCGGGCGGCGCAGGCUUUGGCAGUGAACAUUUCCGCCGCGAAGGGCAUUCAGGAUGUGAUGAGGACCAACUUGGGGCCCAAGGGAACCAUGAAAAUGUUGGUUUCUGGAGCUGGAGAUAUAAAGAUUACCAAGGAUGGCAAUGUGCUCCUUCAUGAAAUGCAAAUUCAACACCCUACAGCAUCCCUAAUAGCAAGAGCGUCCACCGCUCAGGAUGAUAUGACUGGCGAUGGCACGACCAGUACUGUGCUGGUCAUCGGUGAACUUUUGAAACAAGCUGAUUUGUAUAUAGCAGAAGGGCUGCAUCCUAGAAUGCUCACAGAUGGUUUUGACUUGGCUCGUGCUAAGGCAUUAGAAAUUUUAGACUCGAUGAAAAUUGCAAUUGAGCCUAAUAAGCAGAGCCUGUUAGAUAUUGUGAGGACUUCGCUUAGAACAAAGGUUCACCAUACCGUGGCUGACAAGUUAACCGAGAUCUGCGUGGAUGCUGUGCUGGCAAUUAAGCAGCAAGACAAAGAAAUCGAUUUGCAUAUGAUCGAAUUGAUGGAAAUGCAACAUAGAACAGCAGAUGAUACCACUCUGAUUCGUGGCAUAGUCACUGAUCAUGGAUCUAGACAUCCAGAUAUGCCUAAAAGGGUAGAAAAUGCAUAUAUUCUGACCUGUAAUGUAAGCCUGGAAUAUGAGAAAAGUGAGGUGAAUAGUGGAUUCUUUUAUAAAUCAGCAGAAGAACGCGAAAAGUUAGUAGCUGCUGAACGCGUUUUCAUCGAUAAUCGCGUAAAAAAGAUUAUCGAAUUGAAGAAGAAGUUGUGCGACGGAACAGAUAAAUCAUUUGUUGUGAUAAAUCAAAAAGGAAUUGAUCCAUCAUCUCUUGAUAUGCUCGCAAAAGAGAAUAUUAUGGCUUUACGCAGAGCUAAGCGUAGAAACAUGGAACGCCUAGCACUCGCGUGUGGUGGCGUAGCUAUGAAUUCUGUAGAUGAUCUGAAAGAAGAGCAUCUAGGAUGGGCCGGUCUUGUAUAUGAACAUGUUUUGGGAGAAACUAAAUAUACCUUUAUAGAAGAUUGCAAAAAACCAAAUUCUGUAACUAUUUUAUUGAAGGGUCCUAACAAAUUUACAUUGGAACAACUUAAAGAUGCUGUGCGUGAUGGACUUAGGGCAAUAAAGAAUGCUAUUGAUGAUCGUGCAAUUGUUCCUGGAGCUGGAGCCUUUGAGGUUGCGGUUAGCCAAGCUCUUCAACGGUACAAAGAGCAAGUGAAAGGAAAGCAACGUCUGGGAGUACAGGCCUAUGCCGAUGCUUUACUCGUCAUUCCAAAAACUCUCGCCGUUAAUAGUGGAUUUGAUCCGCAAGACACAAUCGUUAAAUUAUUUGAAGAAAGUUCUACUUUAGGAGAACCAGUAGGAUUGGAUCUGUCUACAGGAGAAGCUUUAAAAGCCGCGGAUGCUGGCAUUUAUGAUAAUUAUAAUGUAAAAAAACAAAUCAUCAAUUCUUGCACGAUAAUCGCCAGUAAUCUUCUUCUGGUUGACGAAAUAAUGAGAGCAGGAUUAUCUUCUCUAAAGGGUUAAAUUACAAUGUAAUUCUUAUGGAAUUAAAAGUUUAAGCACCACUAAUAAUUUUUUUACGAAAUAAUUCAAAUUAUUAUAAUAGAUUAUCAUCUAUUUUGCAUUACAUCUGUUAACCAAAUAUGUUGCUUGAUCUCUUGCUUUUGAUUUAAAUAUUUAAUAACACGAUAAUGAAUUUUCACAUUGAAUAAUAAAAUAAUGUUUUCGUAAAAAGUAUUUCAUUCACUUAUAAAAUUUCACAACGUCGUAAAAUAUGAACUGAAAAAGGUACAAAAUAUCUUUGAAAGUAUGAAAAGAGAAAUCGUAAAUAAUGAAAAAAAUAUAUAUAUAAAAGCAAAGUUGAAUCUUGACGCAAAAAGAGACGACUCACUAAUUCUAUAUAGAUUAAAAGAUAUUUGUCUUUCUGCUUUUUACUUUAAAAAAUAGUAAUUUUAAUUUGUAUGUCUGAAAUUGAUUAUGAUUACUAUACUGGUCAAUUUAUAAAAAUUAAAAAUAUUUAUUUAUGGUACAUAUAUUUACAACGUUCUAAAAACUGUCAUUAUAAUAAUAGGACGUUUGUCAGUCUUGUAUUUUCACAGAAAAAAAAUCCUAUUUUCUGUUAUAUAUUAAUAUCGAUAAUUUGCUGAAAAGAAUUCGUGUGGUUACUGGAGAUUAUAAUAUAAUAAUUAAAUUCUAAUGUUUAAAUUAUAUCUGUAUACCUCUCCGAAGUGCAAUUUCAUUGUAGAAUAAUACAAUACACUUCGACAAAAUUGUCCAACUUAGUUUCAUAAAAAUAAGGCAUAAUGAAAUAUUUACAUGGUAUGAAAAGAACAUGAUGUGACAUAAAUGGAGAAAUAUUUUUAAUAUUAAUUGUCCUGUCAUUCUGAAUAAAUAUGUUGCAAUUUUGAGUAAGAUGUAAAUUGGCUAACGCAAUUGUGAUUUUAUGAAAGGUAUUAAAAAAAUAGUUUUUUUUUUAAUUAUUCAGCAAUUUACGAUCUAAAUCUGUGAUGUAAUGAUAAGUUUAACAAUAAUUCAAGAGCUCAGACAAUCUUUUCAUAUAUAAAAGUAUCACAUCAAACACAUACUCGAGACGAGACAUUUUAAAAUAUCCUAUGAUUACAUUGUACUAGUUGUUCUGACCUCCUUUCCUGAUGAUAACUAUGAUCUCCAUUUUCAAUUAUGUACAAAUUGUAUUUUAUGAAAUGAAAAAAAUCACAAAAGCAAAAAAAACGCAAGUAAUAUGAGCAUUAAACUAUGAUUUUUCGAUACUUAAAACAUACUGUAUCCUUUCAUUUUCUAUCAUCGCAAAUGAAUUUUAUGUACAGAAAUAAAACCUGGGGUUUUUGUUGCA